AUGCGGCCACUUCUGCUCCUGCUGGUCUUUGUGCUACUCCGAGGAGAUGAGGCAGGAAAGAUCAUUGGAGGCCGAGAAGCCAGGCCCCACUCCCACCCCUACAUGGCCUUUCUUCUGAUCCAGAGUCCAGAAGGGCUGAGUGCUUGUGGAGGGUUUCUGGUACGAGAAGAUUUCGUCAUGACAGCAGCUCACUGCUUGGGAAGCUCCAUAAACGUCACCCUGGGGGCCCACAACAUCCAGAGGCAAGAAAGGACCCAACAGCACAUCACUGUGCUCAGAGCCAUCCCACAUCCUGAUUACGAUCCGCAGAACAUCCACAAUGACAUCAUGCUGCUGCAGCUGAGGAGUAGAAUCCGGAGGAGUCGAGCCGUGAAGCCCGUGGCUCUGCCUACCGCCAGCAACCGACUUCGGCCUGGGGAUUUGUGCACAGUGGCUGGCUGGGGCCGGGUCAGCCAGAGCAGGGGAACAAAUGUACUCCAGGAGGUGCAGCUAAGAGUGCAGAGAGACCAAAAGUGCAGUGAUCGCUUCAUCUCUUAUGACAGCCAGACUCAGAUCUGUGUGGGAAACCCACGAGAAAGGAAGUCUGCCUUCUUGGGUGAUUCUGGUGGCCCUCUGGUAUGUAACAAUGUGGUCCAGGGCAUCGUCUCCUAUGGAGACAGGAAUGGCAUCCCUCCAGCCGUGUUCACCAAGAUCCAGAGCUUCCUUCCCUGGAUAAAGAUGACAAUGAGGCGCCUUGCACCAUGGGCACCAGGGACCUACUGA